AGCAGUUCCAGUCGGACAACGCUCCAUUUUAGUAGUUUAUAACUUAUUGAGAGGAAAUUUUACAAGAAUUCACCUCCAUGGGUGUAGGGGAUUAUGUAAGCAUCACAGUUGAUGGUGGCCCACCCUGGGGAUUCAGACUGCAAGGUGGCAAAGAACACAAACAGCCUUUACAGGUUUCAAAGGUGCGGAAAAAGAGCAAAGCCUGCAAAGCCGGAUUGUGUGAAGGAGAUGAACUCAUUUCGAUCAACAGUAGGCCUUGUUCAGAAUUAACCCAUUCAGAAGUCAUGCAGCUGAUUGAUGGGUCCAGUGAUACCCUGCAAAUACUCAUUAAAAGAUCCAUCAGUGAGAAAGCUGAUCAACCAGAGUACACAGUAAAUAAAGAAACAGAAAGUGAAGAAACAGUAGAAACGAUACUACAAAUCACCAGCAGCCAACCAUCAUGCAAGCAAGGCCUUCCUUUUGAACUCUACAUCUCUGAGUCUCAGGAUGAGGCUUAUUAUGGAGAGACAGAAAGUGACACAGACAUUUCAGGGAAGAAAGAAGAAAAGGCCAAGCAGGGUAGCUCAAGAUUGUUUUUGAGAGAAUGUGACAACUCUGGAGAAUUAUUGCUGCAAGAUACUGUACAUGCAGAGCAGAGAGGAACUCAAACGUCAGCCAUGGUGGAAUUCCAGUUGUCCCUUAAUCAAGGUAAGCUAGGUGGCCCAGAGGCAGCUGCUAUCACUGUGACCGGAGUGGAUAAAAUCAAUUCUGCAACUGUGGAUCAAACUGUGCUGCAAAAGAGUAUCAAGAAUAUUGAAUUAGCAACAUCAGAGUCAGAUGAAAAUGCAGCAGUCCAGCCAGCCUCUGCUACCACAGCACUCCAGAGCAAGACUGAUAAAAAGGUCAAGCUGGUUGCUAGUGAGCUGCAAGGGGAUUCCUAUCAGUCCAGGGUGGAGCUGUUUCUGGAUUCCUCUGACAGAGAGCACAGUGGAAGGGAGGCCACCACGUCUGAAGUUGGCAGUGGCUGCGCUGACUCCCAGGCUGAAGAGGCAUGGUCAAAAACCCAUAGCACGCCUCCCUUCAUCAUUGGAAUUUCAUCAGAGGGAACAGAGCACGGAUCAGAGACACACUCUGGAAAGGAUUUGGCAAGAACCCACAAGCACCGAGCCAGGCAAGCCAAAAUUCGUCGAAGUGAAAGCCUGUCAGAAAAACAAGUUAAAGAAGCUAAAUCAAAGUGUAAAAGCAUUGCCUUGCUCUUGACAGCAACUCCAACUCCCAGCUCCAAGGGGGCGUUGAUGUUUAAGAAGCGUCGUCAGAGGGCAAAGAAGUACACUUUGGUCAGCUACGGGACUGGGGAGUUUGAUCCAGACGACGAUCAAGAGGACUCCAUAGAAUUCACUUUGGUACCAACCAGUGACUCUGAUCUUGAUGAAGACUUUUGUGCUGAUGUCAACUCAGCGCAGGUUGUGACAUUUGAUUGGGACACAGGUCUAGUGGAGGUUGAGAAGAAGGAGAAGAGUGUGGAGGAAAUGCAGAGGUUGCCAGAGAGCAAGGGCAAAGGAGCCCUGCUGUUUGCCAAGAGAAGGCAGAGGAUUGAUCAGUACACAGCUGAGCAAGAAGAAAUGAGGAGAGCAGGUGCAUUAGAAGUUGCCUCUGAUCAAUCUGUUAAAGCAGAAAAUUAUUACCAGCCCACUAAAAGCAGUUUUAACAACUCAUCAAUAGCAAUUCAAAAUCAUACCACUGAAAAUUAUAUUGAUAUAAACAAGUUACAUGGAAUUGAUAAUGUUAAAGGAAUGAGAGGGCGAUCUGAAAUGGUUGUCCAGAAUUUGAAGGCCCGUGAAGAUAACAGAACCGGGGCGACAAACAGAACAGCUGCUCCAUUCCCUGGUGUGUCCAACCGAGCUGCAGCUCCUUUCUCUCCCACAGUGAAGGUGACAAACUCCCUGUCAGAUUUACCUCCCCCACUCGCAUACUCUUCGGCACCAGCUGACAACAUAUACCAUGUGGCUUCUCCUCCUUUGGCUACCAGUGCUCAACCAGCCAUAUGGUCUCCAGCAGGAAUUGCAGGCGAGCAAAUAGCCUCAAGGGAUGAGAGGAUCUGUGUGCCUGCCAUAAGAACAGGUAUUCUACAAGAUGCAAGGAAGCGGAACACCACAAAACCAAUGUUCACAUUUAUUGACCGCCCUAAGGUAGCUCCAAAUCCAGAACUGGUUUCCAUGGUCAAAGGUAAGACAGACAGACGUAGAGGAAUAGAUCAGCCUGGUGGAGGUUUUGAGUCAGGACCUGAAGAAGAUUAUCUAAGUUUAGGUGCAGAAGCCUCAAAUUUUUUACAGACCCCUACUGUAAAGCAGAAGACACCUCCUCCAGUUGCACCAAAGCCAUCUGUUAAAAGCCCUCCCUCUGGGGCAACCCCAGUGUUAUCUCCAUUAUCAUCUGCAGGAGUAACCCAUGUUCAAGCUCCAGUCAAACCUUCUGAAAGUACUAAUCAUUCGCCAGUAAAAUCACAAUCAUUUCAACCUGGUAAUACAUGGCACCAAACCCAAGGUGUUGCUAACCAGUUCACGUCUUCUGCAAGAUCCCGAUCAGUAACAUCAGCGCAUUCCCAUGCUUCGAAAACACCUCCCACAACUCCCAUAGCAAACUCUGCACCAGCUGGUGGUAUGGGUCCAGCUUAUGAAAUGCCAGCUUUGAAAGGUAAAGGAGCACAAUUAUUUGCAAGAAGGCAGUCUCGAAUGGAGAAAUUCAUAGUAGAUUCAUCAACAGUCAAGGCCAGACAAGCACGAGCUUCAUCCCCUACCCCUUCUUUGCCAGCAUCUUGGAAAUAUUCAUCUAAUAUAAGAGCACCACCCCCUUUGGCUUACAAUCCUAUUCACUCUCCAUCUUAUCCUCCUGGUAUUUUGAAAGCACAAGCACAAUCUGCAUCUUCAUCUAAGUUAAAUAAAGGUGCUAAAGGUAAACCUACAAAAAAACCUCUCAAUGCUCUGGAUGUCAUGAAGCACCAGCCAUAUCAAAUUAGUGCAUCUUUGUUCACUUUCUCCUCCUCUGCUGAUGCUAUGACACCUCUAACCACCAGCUCACCACCUUCUAUGCAGCCUUUAAAGUCUGAUACUGUCCCACUUCAACCAAUUAAUGCUACCUAUCCUGUUUCUAAGAGUGUCUCAUCUGUGCCAACAGGACCAUCUCUCCACCGAGCUAGUACAGCUUCUGCUGAUGAAGAACAUGCCCAUUCUUCUGGAAAGAAUGUCAUUGUGCUUCCCAGUUACACAUCAUACACAAAGCAAGAAUCUUCAGCUCUCUCAGUUGCUAUGGCACCAAGACCCAAGUUUUCGGCAAGGAAAACUGGAGUUACAGCACAGAUGCAGGCAAAAGAUUUCAGACCUAUAAGAGCUCCAGAAAAUCUACUGUCAUAUGGGCUUACUGGACCACAAACAACAAGACAGCCAGCAGAAAAAUUAGCACCUCUGUCAGAUAAAACCUCAUGGAAAAAACUGACUCCAUGGGAUGCUGCAUCACAGUCUGCUGUUGGUUCAGUGGAGGAAGCAUUUUCCAAGAGAAAUAUCCAGUCAUCGAUAGCAAAGAGUAUUGUUUCAGCAGCACGUCAAAAAACAUUACCCGAGCCUCCAGAGGAAUGGAAAGCCCGAGUGGCAUAUGUCCCCCCACUUCCAAGUAGUUACUCAUCCAUGGCCGCUUUCAAUGUCAGAAGACCCUGUAGCAUAACAUCGCCUCUUAGAUCUUCUUCCUCUCCAGUACCUAGCAUUCGCGGCAGCUUAAUGUACCAACAGCCAUUAAGAUACCAGCACUCCCUUACUGACUCUGAGCUGUCUACUGGGGCAUACUCUGAUUAUGAAAGUUCAGGAAAACCGGUAGCAGGUUCGAAUUAUAAUCCUUAUCCACGAGGCUGGAAAAAACAAAGAUAAAGUAGGUGGUUUCUCAUGAUGAAGAUUACUGCAUGACAAGGAGAGCAAACUCAAAAUUAAAAAAGCAGAAUCAGAUGAGAAAAGUAUCUGUGAAGUAUUGUUAGAAAGGCAUUUUCUGGCAGAUAUUGCUUUUAGUAUUGGUUUCCAUUGUGAUCAGCAGAAUAUAAGGUAUUUUAGCACAUUCACUUCAGCAAGUUGCCCAUACGUACUGUAUGUUUAUGAAGAAUGUUGUACAACAUCCAUUCAAAAAUAAUGUUGUACUAAACAGUGCACUUUCAUAAAAGGAGUAUGUGAUUGAUCGAUCAGUGAACUGUAACAUUAAUUUUGUGAUACUUCCAUUAAAAAAAAUACUGCCUUGGUCUGACAGGCAAAAAUAAAGAAACUUCAAAUAUGAAUACAAUAAAUUUAAACAAUUCUAAAUAAGUCUAUUAGACAAUCCUUAGUUCCUAAUGCAAAAUUCAGAGGAUUAGGGAAUUAUGUAGGGAACAAGGAAUUAUUUGGGUUAGGGAACAUUUGUGGUCAUUUUCAUGGCUUUGUACAUGAACAGGCAAGACGUACUUUCACAUGCAAAUCGUUGGUCCUCUGUUCCAUCCCUUGGGUAUGGAUCUUUAACCAUUGCAAAAAUAGAAAGGAAAACAAGUGACCUUUUGUCCUCUCAGACAGCCUGCAUGAAGUGAGAAGAAAGCAAUGCACAACAGAACAUCAUUUUUAGUCUUGGGAAAUGCAUGAAUUUAUGUAGACAUGUUGAUGCAAAAAUUUGUAAAUCAGUAUUUUGUGUGAGCACUUUUCUGGAGAAUGAAUAUACAGAACACCAUGCCAGUUCAUCAUCAUGAUGUGCCAUGUGGUUUGAUUAUGGUCUUUGGCUGUGAUUGUUCUUGUCAAAAUUGCUACAGAAGUGGUUUGCCAUUGCCUUCUUCUGAACAGUCUUUACAAGACAGGUGAACCCUGCCAUUAUCAAUACUCUUCAGAGAUGGUCUGCUUGGCAUCAGUCAUCACAUAGCCAGGACUUGAGAUAUAUACCAGCUGCUCAUAUGACCAUCUGCCACCCGCUCCCGUGAUUUCAUGUGACCCCUUAUGGAGGGUUAAGCAGGCGCUACACCUUGUCCAAGGUGACCUGCAGAACCUGGAGGCCAGUGGAGGGAAGGAGUGCCUUGUACCUCCUUUGGUAGAGAUGUAUGUCUACUCCAGCACCCUAUUAAAUUGUAUAAAUUCAUGAAACUUAAUCCACUGAGCAGAUAGAAAUGUUCAUUUUAUCUGUUUUAGAUAUUAAUAAAUCAUUAGAAGCAAGUUUGUUAAAUAAGCUUACUAUGCUCUACACAAACUACAUUAUCAUGGUAUUGACUAUUAAAAUUUUUAAAUUACAGAAUAUAUUUACAAUUAUCUGGUAUCAAACUUCUUAACUACAGUAUGCAAAAGAAAAGAGCAUUGUGGAGUUUUUAUAUUGAAGUCCUCUGGCAAUAAUCAUGUUCGACUACAAGUAAACAUUUCAUCUUAAACCCUAUAAAUGCAUUAAUAUCAGCUAACUCUAUUUUGAAACAGAUCUAAAAAUGAACAUGUGUAUCUGACAGGACUUUUGCAAAUUAUACACAUAGUGUGUAUUGUUAGAAUUAUGUCUAACAAUGUCUGAGAAUUGUGUGGCAAAUAUUUUCAGCAUUUAGAUUUAGGACACCUUUGGAAGUGAAUGAUGGGUAUGUGUAAUGUGGUUUGAGAUGGGAGGUGAGAGUUAAGUAACAAUAGCAAAUUACUUUGCUAGAAUGUAGAAAAAAGUGAUUGUUAUGAAAGUUAAAUAAAACAUUUUUUAAGGUUAUGCAAAUUAAAAGUAUACCAUCGGUUUAGUAACCUACAGUAAAAAGAAAGAUUCAUGCAUUUCUGCUUCGUGAGAAGUCAAACACAUUCUAGUUCACUUUAUCAACUAAUGUCUCUUCUUUGAAAUAACAGUAAACAUACUGAGUAUUCAAGGUAUUCACUUCUUUUAUUUAACAUAAAUAUAAAUAACUGCAUUCACUUAAAAGAUCAAUUAAUGUGUUUUACCCUGUAGUAUAUUGCUUUAAACCAUUAACAUUCAUCUUCCUUGUUUAAUGUCUGAAAACAUUAUAUGAUGUAAAAUACUUCAAGAUUAAGUGUUUUUCAAACAUUUUUCAAAGUAAUUUGAAAAAAAUACAAAAAUGAAUUUAAAUGACUGCAAUGAUCUCUAUUUUCCCGUCAUUGAAAACAAUGGGAAUAAUGACCUGAACUUUCAUAACCUUCACACAGUGUUCAAUCCCAUCACAUUUGUUUUGUUUCAGCAUCAUGUCAGCUUAUAGAAACAUUGAGGUGCAAAGGCACAAUCCAUCAGGUAAAUAAUAAAAAGUGAAUAGUUCUGGUGUCAUUACAUUGACUAUAAUUUGUGCACUUGUUUUGUUAUCCUAGUAUUACCUAUAUAGCAUAGCUUAAAUUCAAAAUUAAAAUUCCAGUUAUAUUAUAAUGCUUAACUUACUGCAUAAGGGAGAACUAUAGAACUCAGAACUAGUUGCACACUGAAAACUUAUUAUAUGUCACAUUUGUAUGUCACAUUUUUUAAAAAGCAAGUGGGCAUAAUUUUCUGUCUUUUAUUGCAAUCUGUGUCUGUGUCUGAGGCCUCUGUCACUCAGAGUUGACCAUGAAUACUGCAUCCUAGCUGUCUAGAUUUGUAAGCCUGGGCAGUAAGAUAUGAAGAGCAAGCAGUUGCCCAUGUAGCAAGCUCCCCCAUUCACACAUCUGAUGAACCCAAAGGAAUGGCAGAGACUGAUACAGUUUGGUACCAGCAAUACUCGUCAAUUAUUAUGCUCAUUCAAAAAGUGUACAAUAUAUUAUAUAACAUUUAUUUGACUUGUACAAUUGACUUACAAAAUCUUUUCUACUACAGAAGGGAUUCAAAAUAAAGUUGCUUGG